CGGCGUCCUGGCCAUGGCUGGCCUGUCGGACCUUGAGCUGCGGCGGGAGCUGCAGGCCUUGGGCUUUCAGCCAGGCCCCAUCACCGACACCACCCGGGACGUGUACCGCAACAAGCUGCGCCGCCUGCGGGGCGAGGCCCGGCAGCGCGUCCAGGAGCGGCCAGGAGAGGAGGCCCGGCCGCGGAGCGACGAGCGGCCGCGCGAGGAGGCCUGGCUGCGGGAAGAGGUGCCGCUACGCGCCCGGCCCGCCGCGGCCUCUCCGCGGGUGGAGCCCUGGCUCUCCCCACCAGCCUCGAGCGCGGCCUACGCGGCCCCUGGGGCCUACGGUGACACCGGGGCCUCCACGGCCUCCUGGUCCGGAAGCCGCGGCCUCGCCUACCCCUCCCGCCCCUCGCAGCUCCGGCGCCGCGCCUCGGUGCGGGGCAGCUCAGAGGACGACGACGAUGCUCGGGUGCCCAACAAGGCGGGCUCGGGCCUCGGGGUCCGCCGCUGGUGGGCCGCUUCCCCGGCCCCGGCGCGACAGUCUUCCACUCUCCACGGCCCCGACCCGCGCCCGGGCCUGCGGGCCACUCGGACGGUUCCUGCGGGCGCGGCGCGGGCCCGGCCGGAGGUGGGGCGACGUCUGGAGCGCUGCCUGUCCCGGCUCCUGCUCUGGGCCAGCUUGGGGCUGGUGCUCGUCUUCCUGGGCAUCCUCUGGGUGAAGAUGGGCAAGCCCUCGGCGCCGCAGGAGGCGGAGGACAACAUGAAAUUACUGCCAGUGGACUGUGAGAGGAAAACAGAUGAGUUCUGUCAGGCCAAGCAGAAGGCGGCCUUGCUGGAGCAGCUGCACGAAUUGUACAACUUCCUGGCCAUCCAAGCUGGUAAUUUCGAGUGUGGAAAUCCAGAGAACCUAAAAAGCAAAUGCAUCCCUGUGUCGGAAGCCCAGGAAUAUAUAGCAAAUGUGACCGGCAGCUCCGCAGCCAAGUUUGAAGCUGCCCUGACCUGGAUCCUGAGCAGUAACAAAGACGUGGGCAUCUGGUUGAAAGGGGAAGACCCAUCAGAAUCAGUGACCACCCUGGACAAGGUGGUGUGCCUGGAGUCCGCCCGCCCCCGGAUGGGUGUCGGCUGCCGCCUGAGCCGAGCCCUGCUCACCGCUGUCACCCAUGUGCUUAUCUUCUUCUGGUGCUUGGCUUUCUUGUGGGGCCUCCUGAUUCUCCUGAAAUAUCGGUGGCGGAAGUUGGAAGAGGAGGAGCAGGCCAUGUAUGAGAUGGUGAAGAAGAUUAUAGACGUGGUCCAGGACCAUUACGUGGACUGGGAGCAGGACAUGGAGCGCUAUCCCUACGUGGGCAUCCUGCAUGUGCGAGACACCCUGAUCCCCCCACAGAGCCGGCGGCGCAUGAAGCGGGUCUGGGACCGAGCCGUGGAGUUCCUGGCCUCCAAUGAAUCCCGGAUCCAGACAGAGUCCCACCGAGUGGCUGGAGAGGAUAUGCUGGUGUGGAGAUGGACUAAGCCCUCUUCCUUCUCUGACUCGGAGCGAUAAACCCAGGCGGGGGCCUGUUCCCAGUCAGCCUGUCCGCAGGACAGCCCACUGCAGGGUGUGAGAGGGCUGCCAGCCCUACCGGUGCUGAAGUCACACUUGCCUUGAUUUUUCUCAUCUGACACCGAUUCCAACGGGUCUCUGUAAGACCUGUAGAGAUUAGCUCAUUAGGAAAAUGUGGGCUUUCCCUAAGGGUGGAGGGGAGAAGCCAGGG